ACAUACACCAAUUGAAUUCAACUCAAUUAUUAUUUUCCAUUUGUCUUUUUUCUCUCUCUUUCUCUUUGUCUCUUCUCUCCGAAUCUCACGGUUUUCACUUCCAUUCAUACUCAUAACUACCUCUACCUAUACCUAGAUCCAGUCCAAUCCUUGCUUUCCUCUCCUCUGGGUUGAAACUGAAGUGUUGAUUUUGGUGUUGGAUGUUCACUUUUGAAGUAAAUAAGUAAUCUGUGUUGAUGGCAUCAGGUGGUGUUGCAGCACCUGUUUCUGGAUUUAUAGAUAAGAAUGCAAGUUCUGUUGGUGUUGAGAAGUUGCCUGAGGAAAUGAAUGACAUGAAAAUUAGAGAUGAUAAGGAAAUGGAAGCUGCUACUGUUGUUGUAGAUGGAAAUGGGACUGAAACUGGACAUAUAAUUGUCACUACCAUUGGUGGUAAAAAUGGUCAGCCAAAGCAGACGAUAAGUUACAUGGCCGAGCGCGUGGUUGGACAUGGAUCUUUCGGUGUAGUUUUUCAGGCGAAGUGUUUGGAGACGGGAGAAACUGUGGCUAUAAAGAAGGUUCUUCAAGACAAGAGGUACAAGAACCGGGAAUUGCAAACCAUGCGUCUUUUGGACCACCCGAAUGUUGUAUCAUUGAAGCAUUGCUUCUUCUCGACGACUGAAAAGGAUGAGCUUUAUCUUAACUUGGUGCUUGAGUAUGUUCCUGAGACGGUUAGUCGUGUGAUCAGACAUUACAACAAAAUGAAUCAAAGAAUGCCUAUGAUAUAUGUCAAACUUUACUCUUACCAGAUUUGCAGAGCACUUGCGUAUAUUCACAACAGUAUUGGAGUAUGUCACAGAGAUAUUAAACCUCAAAAUUUACUGGUCAAUCCUCACACGCACCAACUGAAGAUAUGCGACUUCGGAAGUGCUAAAGUCUUGGUUAAAGGUGAACCGAACAUAUCUUACAUCUGUUCUAGGUACUAUAGAGCUCCUGAGCUUAUAUUUGGCGCAACCGAGUACACCACAGCCAUUGAUAUUUGGUCAGCCGGUUGCGUACUCGGUGAACUUUUGCUUGGUCAGCCGCUUUUUCCUGGUGAGAGUGGUGUCGACCAACUCGUGGAAAUUAUCAAAGUUUUAGGGACUCCAACAAGGGAAGAAAUCAAGUGUAUGAAUCCUAAUUAUACAGAGUUUAAAUUUCCUCAAAUCAAAGCUCAUCCAUGGCACAAGAUCUUUCACAAGCGAAUGCCGCCGGAAGCUGUCGAUCUUGUCUCAAGACUAUUGCAAUACUCUCCAAAUCUCCGAAGCACGGCUUUGGAGGCACUGGUACAUCCAUUCUUUGACGAGCUGCGUGAUCCAAACACUCGGUUGCCGAAUGGACGUUUCCUUCCUCCGUUAUUUAACUUCAAAGUCACUGAGCUGAAGGGAGUUCCGGCUGAGAUGCUGGUGAAGCUGGUUCCACCUCAUGCAAGAAAGCAAUGUGCCUUGUUUGGAUCCUCAUCAUGAAGCAACAAUGUGUAGAGUUAUUAUUAAUAUUAUUAAGUACUUUCUUCUACUUGUAAAAGUGUAUCUAGUCAAAUUUCAAGUGGUUAAAUAGGCUAUUAUUACUAUUUUCUAUAUGUUGAUUUGUUCUUACACACACCACCUACCUAAAAUCACCCUCUACCUUCCAAUUUAUUAUUUUUCACCCCUGCAUGUAUAAGAAAUUAAGCUGUUUGAGAAACUACUUCAGCUUGAUUAUUACUCUGUAGGAUCUUGACAUGAACUGUUGCUUAUUGAAGUGAUAUACUUAAUCACUCACUA